CUGGCCUAGCGGCCCUUUACUUAGCCUAGGCAUAUAUGAGUUAGUAGCUUAGGAUUCAUAGAGGCAGGCCCUAGACAACACUAUGUCCUAGCCUGCCCUAGUCCUAGUCUCGUAGUAGGAGGAAGGGAGGCAGCUAGACCCAGGAAAAUGUAUAUCGUGCGUGGUCAAGUACAUGAACCAACCAUGCAGUAUUUUUUUCGUAAGUUAGAGGAAAAGAACCUCUCUGCCGAGGUUGUCCAGAUGAAAUGGUCACCGAAGAUGGACCUAAUUGCCCUGGCUAAUAUACAGGGAGAGGUUGUUCUUCAUAGACUUCAGUGGCAGAGGGUCUGGUUACUACCAGUGCCUGCAGAGGAAACAAGCAAGAUUGUUACAGCAUUAGCUUGGCGACCGGAUGGCAAAGUACUUGCUGUAAGCUAUGAAAGUGGCAAAGUCUUUCUCUGUGAUGUAGAGAACGCUGCCAUUCUGCACAAAAUGGAAAUGGGGCUCACUGUCAACUGUAUGCAGUGGAUAAAUACAGAUGAUAAAACCAAUAGUUCAAAUGGAAAUGUAACAGAUACUAACCAGGAUGCUAAUCAUCAAGAUAUCUUCCAAGAUAACUCUUACACAUACCUCCCCAAGAUGGCCCCACUUCCUAAAAGUUAUACAACUACAAAUAGAGGUACAGGAACUGAUGUACAUGAUAUUAAGAGGUUACAAGGUCAAGAAAGAUUAAACGUAUUAGUGGUAGGAAUGGCAAGUGGCCGUGUCCAGUUGUAUGCCUUUGGUAUUGCACCUGUUGGCCAUGUUGAUCUCAAGGAAUAUGACAGUGUACUGACACCUAAAGAAAUGAAGUCAGUGAUGUUGUCAUCCGACCUUCAUACAUUAUGGUUGAUGAUGGAGCAAGUGAACAAUGCAACUGAUGAGUCUGCUUGUCAAGGCAUUCUCUUAUCUUGCAAUUCAACACUGUUAUCAUCUCGACGAAUUGAGAUAGCCCAGCUUUCUGCCAAAUAUGGCAAGAUUUCUUCAUUAAUGGAGUAUUUAAACCAGACUGUAAAAUCAAUGUCAGAAGCAUGGGAGGACAUAUUGCUGGAAAUGGAGUCUAAGCUGAACAAGUAUGCUGAGAGCAAGCCUACGCCAGGGACAGUAUGCGAUGAUUUUCUUCAGUUGCUGAUGUGGGGUAAAUCUUGCCAGGAGCUUCAAGCAUUUCUGCUUCAUGAGCUGACAGAGAAAGGCCUAAAGAAGCUCGGCCACUCAGUGGAGAAUUCAUAUUGUAACAUUCAGAAACUCAUCUUAAAGAACCUCCAGAGUGUUGGUCAAAUGCUGCUGUUUCACUUGACAGAGUUGAAGGGGAUGUCACUGUGGUACGAUAAGUAUGGUGUGUUAGGUUUAUCACCUGCUUCGGUUCAGGAUGCUAUUAUUGCUCUGGGUUCAUUCAUGCUGAAGGCAAAUGAAUUACUUCAGGUGAUAGAUUCUAGUCUUACCAGUUUCAAAGCAUUCUUUCGUUGGUUGUAUGUGAUCAUGAUGAGGCUGGCGAAUGAGACUGUUCCACCAGCUAUUAGUAAGAUGAACCAAAAAAAUGUCAACUUUGUUGCAGACUUCUUAACUGAAAAUUUUACAGAUAAUCCAGAGAACGAAGGGAAGACAUCAGGCUUCACACUUGAGCGAGUCGGACAGUACCUUAAGAAGGAGGACUUGCAAUUGGUGACAGAUGUCUCCAGAAAUGACUGGUACUCGUUCAUCCAGAGUAGUCCAAUCAUGCAAGAGAGCCCUCUAUUGUAUCCACAUCAGCCAACGAAAUCACUCAUCCAACUUCAUGAGCAACUACAGACAGCCAUAAACACUGCCCUCAAUAGACCAUCGACAAUUAUUGGACAGCACUUGCAGUGUAAUAGCAUGUUCAAACUGUACAACAGUCCUAAAAAGGAAGAUGCGAAGAGAUCCUGGCCUGUGUCACAACAUUGUGUUGGUUCAAGUCUUAUAUACAUAGUCAUGCUACCUCAGCAGGUACCAUCUGAUUCCUUGUACAUUAUUCGACAACCAGACCAGGAGGAAAGGUCAUCUAAAAUUGAGUUCCUCAAACUAUGUUUUGGAACGCUUGGGGAUUCGAGUCUAAACAGCAGCACCACGUCCACCUCACCAGCCUGCAGCCAGCAUCAGGUCCUAGAUGCUUGUUUCUACGAUGAUGAGACGUUGUCUUUGCUACUACAUGAAAUGAACAGCGAGGGUGAGAACCUGUCCAUCCUGUGCCAGCUGAGUUUAAGUGCCUUGAUUCGGACUCAACUCUUCAUAAAGUUGUCAUCAGGAGAUGUUGAUACAAUGCUUCAAAAAGAUGUAGUUUCUGUUGAUGCCGGUAUCCAUGUUACACAAUCACGAAGGCUAGAAAACAUGAAGGCUGGAAGGUUUGCUGUUAGUGGCUCAAGAAAGGUCUCCUGUGUGGUUUUCUCUAAUUUCCGCCGAGUCAGAAUAUUUGACAUGGAAACAGAAGAUGACAAUGAAGAUGAAAGCUCUGAUGCAAGUGUACUAGACACAACAAAGGAAAUAAAUGAAGAGGAGAAUAAAGAGAACAUAAGCCUUACAGGCUGACAUUUAGACAUUUACUGUACUCAUGUUUAAUAGAGAGCUUUCAAUGGCACAAUGACGGUAGGAUGUAAUGAUGUCACUAAAAGUUUUUUUGCGCAUGCAAGAAAGUUAAGUUCUCGUUGCAUGGAUUUUAGGACGCAAUUUGGCCAAAUCUAUGUAUGCAGAGUGAUUCCAUUCUAGCGUUGGUCGUUGAAAAAAUCAAAAGCUCCUUAAUAUUAAGGAGUGAACAUGGUAGAGUUGCAUUGUCUUAUUUAAAAAGAUUGCUGCCCUUGCUUCUCUUCCCCUGGAUUAGUCUGCAAGGAAUCAGGGAAAGACCCUACUGCCCACUGUUGUCAAACCACAAAUUUGCCAUUCCAACUGGAGUCACUGUAGGGGUGGGCCAAGGAUUCCCCCCGACAAGAGCAAAGUAGGCGUGGUCGAGCGUAGCUUAGAAUGUUUCGAAGGUGGUCUGGGGCUUUGCUUUGGGGGGGUUUCAAAGGCUUGUUUAAUAGAUUUUAGAGUCUACUAAUAUGUACAAAAUACAUAUCAUUUUUUUUCUCCCCCAACUACAGUAUUUUAUGGUAGCCUUUCUGUUGUUUUGUACUCGUUGGCUGCAUAUAAUCAUCCACCUAUGAAAAUGGGUAUACCGUAUGAAGUCUAGUACAGUAAUAAAGGACCAUUUAUUAUAAAAACAGUAGAUUUAUUUUAUUGACAUAUCAGAAUGGGAGGAAGGU